UACUUAACUUCUCCAUUUAAGGAAAACAUAAAGAUGCAGAGUCGCUCAUUUAUUAUCAACACGGACGUUGUUUCUUUAUAAAUAAAUAACUCUGUUUCAAUGCAUACAUACAUAGAAUCUUGAAACUUUUCUUUCAUCUUCUUUGUUUUCUCUCACUCACUUUGAUAGCAAUGGAGAUACAAAGAGUUCAAGACAUAGCUUCUUCAUUCAAAGACGCAAUACCAGAAGCUUUUAUCAGAUCAGAGAAUGAACAGCCGGCAAUCACAACCGUUCACGGCGUCAAACUUGAGGUUCCGGUGAUUGAUAUGGCCGACCCAGAUCAAGAAAAGGUGAAGAAUUCAAUUAUUGAGGCUAGCGAGAAAUGGGGAAUGUUUCAAAUUAUUAACCAUGGGAUUGCUAGUGAAAGUAUAAGCGAGUUACAGAGAGUUGGUAAGGAGUUUUUUGAGCUUCCACAGGAAGAAAAAGAAAAAUAUGCAAAGAAAGCUGGUGGUAAAGAAGGAUAUGGAACACUUCUUCAGAAAGAAAUGGAAGGAAAAAAAGGCUGGGUGGAUCAUUUGUUUCAUAACAUUUGGCCUCCUUCUGCUAUUAACUACAAUUUUUGGCCUAAAACUCCUCCUUCUUACAGGGAGACGAAUGAGAAGUAUGUAAAAGAGCUACAUGAGGUGGUAGACAAACUCUUUAAGACCUUGUCGUUAGGAUUAGGGCUUGAAGAGAAUGAAAUAAAGGAAGCUGUAGGUGGCGAUGAUUUGAUUUAUCUUCUGAAAAUAAACUACUAUCCGCCGUGCCCGCGGCCGGAUUUGGCAUUAGGAGUGGUGGCUCAUACAGACAUGAGCAGCAUCACCAUUCUUGUGCCUAAUGAUGUACAAGGUCUUCAAGCUUCUAGAGAUGGCAAAUGGUACGAUGUCAAUUACAUCCCCAAUGCCCUAGUCAUCCACAUUGGCGACCAGCUUGAGAUUUUGAGCAAUGGAAAGUACACGAGUGUGCUACAUAGAACAACGGUGAACAAAGAGAAGACAAGAAUGUCAUGGCCAGUGUUCUUGGAACCACCCUCAGAUUUUGUGGUCGGACCUCAUCCCAAGCUUGUCAAUGAAGACAAUCCAGCGAAAUAUAAGACCAAGAAAUACGGCGAUUAUUGUUAUUGCAAGUUAAACAAGAUUCCUCAAUAAUUUCUUCUCAGUUGGAAGUACUAGAAUUUGGUAUUGUAAUAGUAACUAUUUCUGAAAAACUAUGAGCUAAUAUUCAAAUAAAAUAAUAAAGUAGAUUAUAUAAA